CCACGGCUGCGUGAGCAAGAUCCUGGCCCGCUACAACGAGACCGGGUCCAUCCUCCCAGGGGCCAUAGGAGGCAGCAAGCCGCGCGUGACCACACCCACGGUGGUCAAGCACAUACGGACAUACAAACAGAGAGACCCGGGCAUUUUCGCCUGGGAGAUCCGGGACCGGCUCCUGGCGGACGGGGUCUGCGACAAGUUCAACCUGCCCUCCGUCAGCUCCAUCAGCCGGAUCCUCCGGAACAAGAUCGGGAACCUGUCCCAGCAAAACCAGUACGAGUCGGGCAAGCAGGCGCCUCAUCCGCCCCCGCAGCCCACGCUACCUUACAACCACUUGUACUCGUACCCGGCCUCCAAGGUGCCCACCCCCCCGGGCAUGCCCACCCUCCCUGGACACAUGAUGCACAGGAUAUGGCCCUCGUCGCACUCCGUCACAGAUAUUCUGGGGAUCCGGUCAAUAACGGAGCAACAAAACGCUGAGUGGAUCGCCCACAGUGAGCAGCUCUGCCACAGCGCCCAGCACCCCUCCCUGCCUCCCUCCCACCCCAGUGUCACCCUACACGGCGUACAGCGCCACCACGUCGGCCUGUGUGACCGGCCCCACAUGGCAGCCGGCCAGUGGCAGUGCUCCCUCUCCCCCCAGCUGUGACAUCACCCUCUGGCCUUCAACCGCGACGCUGUCCACCCGGUCGCAGCCUCGGCCCGAUGAGGUUCCCUGCACGGGGGCU